CCAUUUUCUUUUCCUGCUUCGAAUAAUUUGUUAUUUUUUUACGUAAAAAUAUAUACGUUUUUAAAUAAUGUUUUACUGUUUAAAAUUAUAAAAAAAUUUACAAAAUGGGUUUAGAUUUUGAUGCAAUAGAAUAUAUUAAAAAAUUAAAAACAAAACAAGACGAUCCGCCGUUUGUUUGCCCGGUAGAAAAAUGUGGAAAAAAUUACAAAUCUGUUGUUGGAUUACAAUACCAUUUGGUGAAUUAUGAUCAUGAUAAUCCUCAACCGAUUACCCCAUUAGUAACACCAAGUCGUAAAAAAGGACGUUCUAGAGUUAAUGGUUCAACUCCUAAAACAUCUGGAGACCAAAAAUCUAUGCCAAAAGAAGCAGUUGUUUAUUGUGAAACUGAAGAUAUUAUACAAUUUCAUUUUCCCGACGGCAAAAGUGUAAAAGUAUCUGCUGUUGAACCUCUGCCAAUCAUAUCACAGGAGGAAUAUUUAGAUUUACUUGAGAAAAAUGGUGCAGUUCCAACACCAGAUAUUCCAUCAGAACCACAUUUAAAAUUACCAGAGGCUUCAUUUAAAGAAAUUGAGUUUUAUAAUAUAUGUGAUGCAUUACCAAGACCAAAUGCCUAUAUUAGAUUUAUAGAAAAAUCUGCUGAAGAACUUGAUGGUGAAGUAGAAUAUGAUGUUGAUGAGGAAGAUACAACUUGGUUAAGUAUGGUAAAUGAAAAAAGGGAAGAACAAGGAUUAAAUCCAGUCAGUAUCGACACAUUGGAACUUUUAAUGGAUAGAUUAGAAAAAGAAUCUUAUUUUCAAGCUGCAGCAAAUGGACAGAGUGGUGCACUUGUUGAUGAUGAUGCAAUUUGUUGUAUUUGCUUAGAUGGCGAAUGUCAAAAUACUAACGUAAUAUUAUUUUGUGACAUGUGUAAUCUUGCGGUUCAUCAAGACUGUUAUGGAGUUCCCUAUAUUCCAGAAGGUCAAUGGCUCUGUAGAAAAUGUUUACAAUCACCAAGUACUCCGGUAAAUUGUGUAUUGUGUCCUAAUACUGGUGGUGCGUUUAAACAAACCGACAGAGGUCAUUGGGCUCACGUUGUUUGUGCUUUAUGGAUACCAGAAGUGCGAUUUGCCAACACUGUGUUUCUUGAACCAAUAGAUUCGAUUGAAAUGAUUCCCCCGGCCCGAUGGCGACUUACAUGUUAUGUGUGUAAAGAGAAAGGCAUAGGGGCCUGCAUUCAAUGUCAAAGGAAUAGUUGUUAUGCAGCUUUUCAUGUUACUUGUGCUCAACAGGCUGGACUUUAUAUGCAUAUGGACACUGUUAAAGAUCAUAGUAACGAUUCACUAAAUGUAACCGUGCAAAAAUCGGCUUAUUGCCACGCACACACACCACCCGAAGCAAAAUUACGUAAAGAUAAAGAUGAAGAAGAACCGGACACGAGGCAUAAAAUGAAAAAAGCGAGAGAAGUUCUGGCGAAAAAACGCUCUACUGCGCCUGUUGUUUUAAUACCAACUAUUCCACCAGAUCGUGUUCAAGAAAUUUCUAGCCUAGUAACUAUUCAAAAGAAAACUCAAUUUAUAACAAAAUUAAUAGCGUAUUGGACGUUAAAACGUCAUUAUAGAAAUGGUGUUCCUUUAUUAAGGCGACUUCAAAGUCAAGGACAAAACCAUGGCGGUUUCAAUCGUAGUAACUACGAUAGGAAUACUUCAAAUGCAACAGAACUUUACCAACAAUUAAAAUAUUGGCAAUGUUUGAGGCAAGAUUUGGAGAGAGCUAGGUUAUUAUGUGAAUUAGUACGCAAAAGGGAAAAACUUAAAGUUACAUAUACAAAAUUACAUGAGCAAGUUGUAAUGCUUCAAAUAAAUCCUAUAGAAUCAGCCAUGUUAAAAUUAAUGGAAAAUCUUGUUUCAAAAGAUACAACACAAAUAUUUCUCGAACCCGUUGAUACUACAGAAGUGCCAGAUUAUUUAGAUAUUGUUAAAACUCCAAUGGAUUUGGGCACAAUGAAAGAAAAACUACUUGAAGGAAAAUAUUACACCUUAGAUGACAUGGAAUCAGACUUUGAUUUAAUGAUAAAAAAUUGUUUAGCCUAUAAUAACAAAGAUACGAUUUUUUAUCGUGCCGGCAUCCGGAUGCGAGAUCAAUGUGGUCCAUUAUUUAAACAAGUACGAACUGAACUAGCUGAACAAGGCUUAAUAGAUCCACCAAAAACCGAUGAUCUAAUAGCCCAAGAAAUAGAUAAUGAGUUAAAGCAAGUUUUAAAAAUUCAACCCCAAACCGAAAAUGAAAUUCAAAAAUUGUUAAUAUUAGUUGAUCAGUCUCAAGUUAUUAAAAAUCCGAGUCAUAGGACUCGAAAAAUUAAGCAAAUUAGAUUAGAGAUAUCUAAAAUGAGAAAAGCCAUUCUAAAAGCAAAAAUGGCAGCGAGAAAAGUUGCUAAAGAUAAACUAGUGAAUGGAAACGAAUCAUCACAAGAUGAAGAAGUUGAAGGAGAACCAAAAAACGACAUUCCCACAGCGACGCCACCGUGUAGCCCUUUGAAAAAUGCAUGUAAUAGUGCUUCUCCAUCUGGUGUUAAUAGAAGGACGGCGGUUUUAUUUACACGGAAAGCUCAAGCUGUGUCGAAAAAGCCUGAAAUAGCUUUAAAAGAAGAAUCAUCUUGUGAAACACCAGUUGCUGCAUUAGAAAAAAUCAAAUCGCCUAAGAGGCCAGGAAAAAAGCGUUUAUCGAAUGAUAAACCUAGAUCUAGUCCUUCUGGGAAUACUGUUUUGCAAAAUGGUAUUAGUCCAAAAAAAUCCCCACAAAAAGAAUAUAUAGAAGCAAUGCCAGAUAGCUUUCGCGUUUAUAGAGCCAAUGCAAAUAAAGAAAUUUCUGAAACAGAAGACAGUGAUUUAAGUGACCUCUCUGGUAGUCCGUGCAGUAGUUGCUCGGGUUUUGGUGUCAGUGGGUCAGAUUUAGAAUUUUAUACUAGUUCAGAUGAUGAUGGAACAUAUUCAGAGACUGAUGAAGAAUGCGAAGAAGAAGAAGAGGAAACAUCACAGAGUAUAAAUGAAAAUGAUACAAUAGAUAAUAAUAGGCAAAAUUCAAAUACACCAUCAAUAUUACAAAAUAAUAAUACAGAGACAUCAAAUACAAAUGAUGCCAGUGAAAAAGAACAAAUUGUAAUUGAAAAACCUCCAUUAGAACCAUUACAAUUAGUUUGGGCAAAAUGUCGUGGUUAUCCAUGGUAUCCAGCACUAAUAAUAGAUCCAGCAACACCAAAAGGUUUUGUUUAUAAUGGUGUACCAUUACCAGCGCCUCCUCAAGAUGUCUUAAAUCUACGAAAAAAUUAUGAAGAAGAAGUAUUUUUAGUUUUAUUUUUUGAUGUUAAAAGAACUUGGCAAUGGUUACCAAAUAAUAAAUUAGAAAUUUUAGGUAUAGAUAAAGAUCUUGAUCAAUCAAAAUUAGUAGAAUCUAAAAAACCACAAGAACGUAAAGCUGUUAAAAAAGCUUAUGCAGAUGCGUUAUUAUAUCAGAGUCAAGUAACUGAUUUAGAAGGACAAGGUCCUGAUCCGAUUAUGUAA